CGGAAGCAGCGGGACGGAAGUGACGGCGCCGCGUGACGAGACUUCCUGUUUGCGGCCGAGGAGAGGCGCCGCCGCUGCUGUUGCGCCGGGCUCAGCGCGGGGAGGGUAACGGCCGCGCUGCCGAGGCUCUGGGGCCGAUUGACAUAGUUUGCUAAUUAAACUUGGCUGGACUUUGGGAGGAAGCUUCACUUUUUAAAACGUGGAAGUCUUAGUAGGAGGGAGAAGGACUGUAGAGACCAGCUGUUGUUAGCGAAGACAACUGUUGAAACAUGGUGGAUUACUAUGAAGUUCUGGGAGUGCAAAAGCAUGCCACGCCAGAAGAUAUUAAAAAAGCGUACCGUAAAUUGGCAUUAAAAUGGCACCCUGAUAAAAAUCCAGACAAUAAAGAAGAGGCAGAGCGGCAAUUUAAACAAGUGGCUGAGGCCUACGAAGUUUUGUCAGAUACUAAAAAACGUGACAUCUAUGACAAAUACGGAAAAGAAGGCUUAAUAAAUGGAGGUGGAGGGGGAAGUCAUUUUGAUAAUCAGUUUGAAUUUGGAUUUACAUUCCGGAACCCAGAAGAUGUCUUUAGGGAGUUUUUUGGUGGAAGGGACCCCUUUUCAUUUGACUUCUUUGAAGAUCCUUUUGAGGACUUUUUCGGGGGCAGACGGGGUCCAAGGGGAACCAGAAACAGAGGUGGUGGAUCAUUUUUCUCUGCCUUUGGUGGAUUCCCUGCUUUUGGGAGUGGUUUUUCUUCAUUUGACACAGGUUUUACUUCGUUUGGUUCACUGGGACAUGGAGGCCUCACUUCGUUCUCCUCUACGUCAUUUGGUGGCAGCGGGAUGGGUAACUUCAAAUCAGUAUCAACUUCAACUAAAAUAGUUAAUGGCAGAAAAAUUACUACAAAGAGAAUUGUUGAGAACGGACAAGAGAGAGUAGAAGUUGAAGAAGAUGGCCAGUUAAGGUCGCUAACAAUAAAUGGCGAGGCGGACGAGGAGGCCUUCGCCGAGGAGUGCCGCCGGCGAGGCCAGCACGCGCUGCCUUCCCAGCCCGCCGCCCCCCGCCUCCUGAAGCCGCACAAGGCCGCCGGCUCCCCCAGAUACGCCUGCCACUACAACAGCGACGAGGGCGACGAGCAGGACAGAGCCCGCGUCACCGGCGGCUUCGAGAGCCCUUUUUAUUUAUCAGGUGCGCGCAAACGUGUUACCGAGAAACCCGCCGCGAGGGAGCCGCUGGCGAGCCGCCAGGGAAAAGCCAGCGGCCGAGCGCGGAGCUGGUGCUGCGCGCUCACCUAACGCCCGCUCCCCCGUAGAAAUAAACGGCCGCUCGCGUGCCUUCCUCCCGCCUCAGCUCUGCUCUUGGAUGUAGUCUAGGCAAACGCCCUCGGACAGCCGCUGUUGCGCCCCAGGGGAAAUAGUGUUGCGCUGCUGAAGUGCCCGUGCGCUUUGUUCGCCAUAACGAAGGCUUUCUCGAGGUUAACGAACCGCCGUGCUGCGCGCGGGCGUGUUCGCUCGCUCGGGCUGCGUGCGGCCUGCUCGCCGAAGGAGGCGUUCGGGCUUCGGCAGCUCAACGCUAUUUCUGGAAGCUGUGGCUUUAGGCAUGUAAACCCUAACGGAGAGCGCUGAGGCUGCUCAGGCAGACAAGGAAGCGCAACAGUCGUCCUGGUUAUUUUUGGAAGUAAUUAGUCCUUUGAUAGCCCUGCUGUCCUGUAAUGUUUGGGGAAUAUAGUCCACGGGCUACCUUGGGCAGCGAAGUGCUCGUAACUACUUGAUUUAAUUUGAAUCUGCGGUCAGAGAUCCCUCGGGACUGCCAGGACAGGUUUUCCCGAAGCGCAUGGCUGCCUUUCUGCUCUGCUGGGUGCCCAAACCACGGGCCCUUUCCAGUAGCACUGGGAAGCACGAGUGUGGUUAGGCUCCAUGGGGUGGACCCAGCUCGGGAGAAACAUGCCUUGGAGGGGAGGAGAGGAAAAGAAAAAGGCUGCCCCCUAAAACAUGCACGUGCCCAGUCCCAGCACUGCACCGGCUCCUGCUGUGUUCGUUAUCCUUUAAACCCAACGCUAUUUCCGUACAGAAGACCUCGAGAUACCACAUGAUGAUAGUUUGAGGAAAGAAUCAGAAACACGUGAACCUUUCAGAUCUUUAGGGCUGGCUGCAAUAAAUCUUUUAUCCAAAAAAAAAAAAAAAAAAGUUUGAAAUUUCUUUACAGAAGCCCGAAUUUAACUUCUCGGCUGAUGUUUUGAAAUAUUCUCAACCAGGGUUACGUGUUUUGUCUCCCGUGUCUGCAUUCAGCAAAGGAUCUAAUUUGGACAAGUCCGAUUCUCUGCAAUUACAACAGAGUGUUUUGCAAGGAUUUCCAAAGAGCUUCUGAGUUUAAUACACAAUUGCAAUUUUUGGAGCAAUUUUAACAUUUUUAGGCCUUUUAGUUGAAAAUCUGUUUAGGCUUUUAGACACACAAGUUUACAAUUAAAAUGCAUUUCCAGAAGUAUUUGCACAAUCACGAAAACCUCUAGUCUAGUCACAGUCACUAGACUGUGAGUUACCAUAAAACUCCAUGUCACUUUGUCGUUCUUCAGGUAUAAAAGAUUCAGGAUGAAACCUUGAUUUCAGUGAGGCUAAGAUUUCUCCAUUGCUUUAAAUGUUUUUGCCUGCUUUUCCUCUGAUAGAUGAUGGCUGCUGAAGGACAGGUUGAGCUAGUCCUAAAAACCCUAUGCGAGGGUCUUGAUCCCUCUCCGGGAGGCUUGUACACAAGGCCAAGCCAACAGUGCAUGUCUCCUUCAUGGGCAUCCACCUCCGUGGAGCCACUUCCCCCAGGGAGCAGGCCUGGCUUGCAGAGCUUUGCAAUUGUGUAGAGCGCUCGCUCACUCCCUGUUGGCUUCUCAUUUAUCGCUGCGACAGCUGCCGCGCUUCCAUGGGACGACGCUGGGAAAGAAUAACGUCCUUCAGGCCUUGAUCCAGAGCCCACUCACUUCAGUGGAAAAUUGCUAGCUUCAACGCCUGAAGUCUGGCGUGGUUCCACCUCGAAUCGGAUAGUUUUGCCACUGCUGGCAAAUGGCCCUUGGCAGCUAUAUUGCGCAGCGGUUUUAGACCUCAUCCCGAAUAGAGUGUGUAAAGUAAAUUCUCCGUAGUUAACGAUUUCCCUUGCA